AUGGACGAGAGAGGUCAUCUUGCAGCCAAGUUCAACAACUCCAAGCUCACCCGCAUCGCCCAUAGAAAGCCGCCACCAAAAGGAGCGUCCGAUAUGAAAUGUGCAGCCAAUAUGCAAGCGGCGACCGAUCAGAAAUACGCGUUGCUCUUCUAUAUCACUCCAUUUCAAAUGGGCAAUUUGAGCAAGGCGAGUGGAGUGAGAAUGGAGGAGCAAUUCGACGUGUGGACUCUCUCUCUUCCAAUUAUGGUCACAGUCCAUGGCUCCCAAGAUUGUGACGCCCAAGUGGCCAUUCUCUGGCACCGUGCCUUUGCCUCAAUCAGCAGAAACCCGAAUGCCACUGAUGUCACCGCUGUCACAUGGGACAAUCUUGCUCUGAUGCUCCGUAACAAGUUCCAGUUAUUCACUGGCGCCCGUCGCCCACUUUCAGAGUCAGACCUCGCGUAUCUCAGUGAGAAAAUGUUGAUGCCAAAUGUAGCCGAUCAAAAGCCAAUUACUUUCCAUCGAUUCGCCAAACAAGCGAUGCGUGACGAGCUCGCGUUCUCCUUCUGGGAAUGGUUUUUCUCAAUUAUGCAGUUGAUUAAACAGAAACUUUUGAAGUACUGGGAUGAGGGAUGGUGUAUUGGAUUCAUUUCGAAGCACGACGCUUCUCAAAGCAUGAUGAUGUCACCACACUCUUCAUUCCUUCUGAGAUUCUCCGACACCCAGACUGGAGCGGUUUCCAUUGGAUUCGUUUGUGAUGAGGAGGGACAGAAAGUUCCGUUCCAUUUGGCUCCGUUGACCACCAAGGAUCUGGAUCAGCUCUCCCUGGCUAGCAGAAUCGCGUCAUGCCCACAGCUUAGGGAUAUCAGAUACAUGUAUCCCCACAUCGAUAAGGAAGAGAUGCUCCGCUACUUCGAGUCCGAGGAACGUCAUCGUGUUAUUGGCCCAGAUAGUCCGGGAGGCUACAUCCAGAGUGAAAUUGUGAUGGUUGCGAAAACUAACGGGAAUUUCAGAAGAAUGUCGAAUGCUCCGUCGAUGUUCGGCGCUGACUCUCCAUCACCACUCUCGAUUCAAAGUAAAUUGGAUUGGUCGCCAGGAGAGGUUCAUCAGAAUUCGAUGAUGGAGAUGGCCGACGAUCUCGGACAGAUCCUCACCGUCUCUGGCAUGGAUUCAAUGUCUGGUGACGUGGAAACUCUUCUGGGACCUGCGUUCAAGAACCAAAUCACUAAUUUCCAUCCACACGACAACUCCCACCAACAGCAUAACCUCCAUUUCGUUGAUAUGUCUCACCCAGCAAUGAUGCUCCAACCACAACAGCAACAACAACAACAUCACCAUACUCAUAAUCACAAUCAUAACCAAUUCUAUCCGUCAUAA